AUGACAAAACCCAAAGUUUUGAUACCAUACAAAUCGUUCAUAGAUCUUGCGAGAGAGCUUGAAGAUUGGGCUCGGCUAAAGACUUGCAUCGAUUUUGUGGAGUACAAGUUGACUACAAAGGAUGAUUUUAAAGAAUUUCUGAGGAACUCCGACUUCGCGUGCUUGUGGGUUACAGACGAAUUUGGUGCUUAUUGGGAUAGUCCUACUUCUUUUUUCGAUGACUUCCCCAAGACUUUAAAGUUGAUCGUUGUACCAUGGGUAGGAACGGACUUUUUGGACGUUUCGAGACUUAAAAACGAGAAAAGUAUCACAGUCUGUAACAUUGGGCCUAAUGCCGCCAAUAGCGUUGCUGAAAUUGCUCUACAUUUAACAUUGAGUUGUUUCAGAAUGACUUCUUUCUUCGAACACUGUUUCCGGUUUGUGCAUCAGGGCCAAUGUUCACAAUGCUUCAAAUACAUUGGAGGCAGCAAACAUGACACCUGUGAAUCACAAGCACCAUGUGCUAAUGGAAAAGCGUCGUACUCGUUUCCUGAACCUCUGAACAGCGAAAAAGGGGGAUCGGCAAAGUUUACGAUUGCGGGGAAAAGUGUCAAUUCUCCUGCAGGGAAGACUGCACUGAUCCUGGGAUUCGGAUACAUUGGUCAGACCAUUGGAAAAAAACUGUACGGCGGAUUAGAUAUGAAUAUUCGGUAUUACAAGCGUUCUGGUCGUGUUUCUCGUGAGAUUUUGGGAUAUCCUGCGGAGUAUUGUGAGUCUUUGAAGGAUCCGAAAACAUGGCAGGCUGUAGAUGUCAUUGUACUGGCACUUCCAGGUGACGCUUCAACAGAUAACUUGGUGAAUCACGAAACAUUAAAACUAUGCAAAGAUGGCGUGAGAAUAGUGAACGUUGGUCGCGGUUCGUGUAUCGACGAAGAUGCUUUAUUGAGCGGUCUAGAAUCUGGAAAAGUGGGAAGCGCUGGGCUUGACGUCUACAAAAAUGAAGGGCAAAGGGUAGCUUCUGGCUUUUUCAACCGCUGGGACGUAACUUUACUUCCACACAUUGGUAGUGCCAUUUCAGAGCUGAUUACAACACAAACAGCUGUGACAUUGCGUAACAUAGAGGAUGUGCUAGUUAAUGGUGGGACCGGAUUGUACCCCGUAGGAUGA